AGCCGGAUCUGUUGAGAAACAUUUAGGUUUAAUCGUAAAAUUAAUCGAUAGCUGGAGCUUGAGUUUACAUCCUGAAAGCUGAAAUGAUGUCAGAGGAUAGGCCAACUCUGAAUGACCAAAUAAGGAAACUGACACAUGUAAGAGGAAUUUAUUCAUUUUAAAUGAGAGGAAAAGCUGCGGCGCGCUCGGGUGCGUUUGGGUCCGCCAUCUCUCUCUCUCUCCUUCUCCUCCUCCUCCUCCUCCUCUCUGUCUGUCUGUCUCUCUUUCUUUUUUAAUUCCGUCUAUUUUAACUGAGGCGGGAGGCACGGAGACACUCGGGGGGAGGCAGCGGUGGACACAUAAUACUGCGGGAGCUGCUCGGUGUUUCUCGAGGAAAGAGAAAAAAGAGGAAGCAGUUCCGCCCUCAGAAGCUGCCUGGAGGCCGAGGAGAAAAGAGCAGAAACAGGAGAAGAGGAGCGAGCAGAAGAAAAAAAAAAACACACGCACACACAAAGAAAACAGAAAAGCAUUUUUUUUCGUUUUUCGCUUUUUUCUCUCGGAUGGACUGUUUAUCUCCUCAAGUCGGACUUUGUCUCCCAGAUGCGGCGCUGAAUGUCGUGGUUGCUGUGCGCAAAGAAAGAAAAGCGUCGUUGUAGAAAAUGAUAAGAAGUUUCUGUUUGAAGUUGCGCCGAUAAAACUUUUUUUUUUUCUCUACGUUACACAGGCGGGAUACGUCGAGUUCUUUCUUUACUUUUUCUUUUUUUGACUGAGGAGUCCAAACCCUGGAAGUUUCUUCUUUUAUAUUUAAUUUUUAUUUCUAAACCGAGUUCAAAAUGAGUGGAGAAGAAGAAAGAUUCAAACUGGUGGUUGUAGGAGGAGGAGGGGUGGGGAAGAGCGCUCUGACCAUCCAGUUCAUCCAGUCCUACUUUGUGUCAGACUAUGACCCCACCAUCGAAGACUCCUACACCAAGAUCUGUACCGUGGACGGAAAGGAGACCCGGCUGGACAUCUUGGAUACAGCGGGUCAGGAGGAGUUCGGAGCCAUGAGGGAGCAGUACAUGCGCUCAGGAGAGGGCUUCUUACUGGUCUUCGCAAUCAACGAUCGGGGCAGCUACCACGAGGUCCAGAAAUUCCACACCCAGAUCUUGAGAGUGAAGGACCGGGACGACUUCCCCAUGGUGCUGGUUGGAAACAAGGUCGACCUGGACCAGCAGAGAGUGAUCUCCAGGGAGGAUGCUCAGGCUUUCGCCCGAGAGAACAGGAUCCACUACAUGGAGGCUUCGGCGAAGAAUCGCUACAACGUGGACGAAUCCUUCCUGGAGCUGGUGCAUAUAAUCAGGAGGUUUCAGGAGAUGGAGAGUCCUCCUCCUCCGACUCAUCACACGGGGCAAAAGAAAAGUGGCGGCUGUCCCUGUGUCAUCCUCUAAGCACUGUUACUAUGGACACCAAAGCCUAAAGCCUCUACAGUUUGUCCAAAGAUGUGUGUCUGUGUGAGUGUGUGUGUGUGUAUGUGUGUGUGUUUGCGUUUGCGAGAAAGGGAGAAAGGAAGAGAGAAGCCGUUUUCACACAUUCGCUGCAGCCCUGAACUUUUCCCACAACCACCCGGAGGAGCUGUGCGCGAGAAACGUCCGAAUCCCCCCGGGGAUCUGGGUACAAAUACGCGCUAACGGAGCAGGUGGUCGUCCAGCGAGUCUGGCCCACCUGCCCCCCCCACCGCCCCCCCUCCAUCGCCUAAACCAAAUCUCUCGUCUGCUGCAUGUGUGAAAACGGCUACAGAGAGUGAGAGAGGGAGAGAAAGAGAGAGACCGAUAAGGUGCGCCAUUAUCUUUCCAGAUGGUUUCAUUUGCACUUUUUGCCGAAAGCAAACUUUUUAAAAACCCGUGUAAUCUUUUGUAAUAACGAGAGAGGAUCUAAAAGGGAGAGGUGUCGGUAGCAGCAGGGUUAGUGUGAUGCAGAAACGGGAACCGAGAGAAACUGCAACCCGGUGACACAGGCCGACAGUUGUAUGAAAGCAGAAAUAAUCUUUCACGCCAUCACCUGUCACACAAAAAGCUGCUGUUGAAGCGGGACGCAGCGUCACGCAGUUACAGCACACGACGACUCGCUGUGUGCAGAAAAUCACUGAUCAGUUAGAAACGGUUUAUUUUCAGUUCUAGGUCUGUAGGGUUAACAAUGAUGAUGAUGAUAAUAAUAAUAAUGAAAUGAGCAGACAUUUACAUGUAGCAUUUCAACUUGAUUGUGAAAUGUGGCACGCCCAAAAGAUGAGACAUCCGUGUGCUCAUGUUCCAUACCUUCCUGCAGGGGGCAGCAGAGACCCAUUAAUUUAAAAGGGAGGAAACAGAGAAGCAGCUCCAGACAGUAGUCAUGUCUCCAGCUGCUGCAUCAUCGCCUUCUUUCCACAUAAAGUGACAAAUAUUACAAAUAAAUAAAUAAAUGCAUAGAUAACAGAUAUAAAUUUGACCAUUGUCUCAACUAAGCGGAUAAGAAAGAGGUUAAUUUUAAUGUAAAACCUCAACCUGACAGUGCAGUAUUCAUUAAUCAAAAACCCAAACGUUUCUGUGUUGUGUUCAUUUCAGAUUACACUUGACUACAAAUAGUACACUCUGUAUAUUUGUAUUGUUGUCUGUAUUUGUGAUAUAUGCAAAUUGCAUUUUGGUACUUGCAUAAUUUUUUCCCCCUGUUUAUCUACAUUGUCCAUGUGUAAAAAAAAAGCAAAUAAAAAAACAAAUAAUUAAAAAAAAAAUAGGUAUAUGUAUAAAAACAAGAGACACAUCAGCUCGAGUAGAUAUUGAAUAGUCGUUGAAGAGUGUUAAAUCUAUCUCCCUGCUCAGUCAUGAGCUUUCUGUAGCUGCGUCAUCAGUACACGGACGGUUUAGUCGUCUUUACGAGACUGGACUGUCUCCAGACUCUGUCUCCUCGUCUUUGUCAGAGUGUCUCUUCUUUGCAACAGUCCAGCUGCGUACGAGGAGCCCGAAGGGGAUGUUUCUGCAAGAUUCACUCUUGUACGAGCAGCGGGAAGGUCACAUGAUGACAACUAAGCCAUCUCCAUGGCAACUGAGCGAGCUCCUUUUGCUAAACUCAUUGUUGUGAAGUGGAAACUUACAGAAAUAGCUGAGCGAACCUUGAGUCGAGAUUAUUAUUAUUCUUUUUUUUUUUUUUUUUUUUAAAGGACCUUCAUCCUUCAAGUAAUAUUCCAACAUUGCCAGUGCAGAGAUUUCCCUUUUAUUUCAGUGUACGGAGAUAGUAUUGAAACUGUUUGUGUGCUUUUUUUUUUCUUUUUUUAAUUGUUUUUGGCAGUUGGACAAAAAUCACAGACAUGAUUUACAUUUUCAGACACGUCCCUCUCUGCUUUUUAUUUGAAAGAACAUAUUAACUCGUUUGAAAGAUGAAAAAAAAAAGUAAAUCACUCAGUCUCCUAUCUUCUACAUGUAACAUUUCACUUUAGUUUCUCCUUUUUAAAAGGAGUCGUAUUUAUAUCUACCAUUCCAGCUGCAAAUCACAUCAUCGGUUUUAUACAGUUGUAAUAAAAGUCUAAUCACUUUUAUAUGUCAUUAAAACAUUUAUCGGAA